GCCGAUUUGUGUCCGACUGCCUUGGUCUCUUGUUGAUAUCCCUUUCGAUCCUGAAUCACCGGUUUUGCUUCAGCUCAGCUCAGCUGCGCCGUGCUUUUCUUAGCCGGGCAUCUGAGACUAAGGGACUUUUGGGUCUCUGAUGUUAAAAGGAUGGUUGGCUGGUUAGGUUUGGGCUGAAACUGGAGCUGAACAAACUGAUUCGUGUAUUUCUAUGAUAGCGACUGCUUUUUUGCCUUGUCAUGAGCGACGAGGUUGUCACAUUUUUGCAUGGCGACGGGGCAUGGCAUGGGGCGGAGUCGGGCACGGCACGAAGCCGCGCAUUUGAGGGUGUUCGAGACGAAGCUACGAGUCGAUGGCCGAGGGACGAAUGGGUGCGCUCGCAUUGAUGAUGCUGAGACUCCAAAAUUCCUAGGUAUCCUUUCUUUAGCUUUACUAGCGAAUACCACUUUCGUAUUCACCGUUCGUCUGAUGAAUGUGCGCGAAGUGAAGCAGAGGCAGCUUGAGUGGGGCAUCAACAGACUGCGGACUAGGGUAGAGUCCUGCGCAGUGCCAGUAUUGCACACUCUGUUGCGGUUAGGGAUUCUCCGGAUCCAAGGGCUCGCCGUACAAGUAAGUAAGAUUAGCUGGCCUAUUGUACGCACCCGCGAAGGCCUCCAGGGUAGCUGUUGCGCACGUCGUUCUAUCCGGAGAAUUCCACACCGUGAGAGACACUAUCUUGCCGUUAUCAAUCAACGCUAAAAGGAUUAGCGCGUCGGUGGGCCAUCGUCGAGCGUUCUUC